CACGCCUGCUCGCCAACAACACUCCACUCUUAGCCGAGUUUGAGAUUGAGCUUGAGCUGAGCCUCAUCCUGCCACUCGCACCUAACUCGACCGGUUCUCUCUGCACGAGAAUUAUCCGCUAGGAAUUUAAGAGAUGGCGGUGGGCAACGGCGGCGGGAAGAAAGUGGUGGCGCCGAUGGAGGUGUCGGUGGAGGCCGGGAACGGCCGGGACGCGGAGUGGCUGGACGACGACGGGCGCCCGCGCCGCUCCGGCACGUUCUGGACGGCCAGCGCGCACAUCAUCACCGCCGUCAUCGGCUCCGGCGUGCUGUCCCUGGCCUGGGCCAUCGCGCAGCUCGGCUGGGUGGCCGGCCCGGCCGUCAUGCUCCUCUUCGCCGCCGUCAUCUACUACACCUCCACGCUGCUCGCCGAGUGCUACCGCACGGGGGACCCGGCCACGGGGAAGCGGAAUUACACCUACAUGGACGCCGUGCGCUCCAACCUCGGCGGGGGCAGGGUCGUCUUCUGCGGGGUCAUCCAGUACGCCAACCUCGUCGGCGUCGCCAUAGGCUACACCAUCGCGUCGUCCAUCAGCAUGCGGGCCAUCAGGCGGGCAGACUGCUUCCACGACAACGGGCACGCCGACCCGUGCAAGAGCUCCAGCAACCCCUACAUGAUCCUCUUCGGCCUCGUGCAGAUCGUCUUCUCCCAGAUCCCAGACUUUGAUCAGAUAUGGUGGCUCUCCAUCGUCGCUGCUGUCAUGUCCUUCACCUACUCCGGCAUUGGGCUCUCCCUCGGCAUCUCCCAGACCAUAUCCAACGGUGCGAUCAAGGGCAGCCUCACCGGCAUCAGCGUUGGCGUCGGCAUCACCUCGAUGCAGAAAGUGUGGCGCAGCCUGCAGGCCUUUGGCGACAUCGCCUUCGCCUACUCCUUCUCCAACAUCCUCAUCGAGAUCCAGGACACGAUCAGGGCGCCGCCGCCGUCGGAGGCGAAGGUGAUGAAGAACGCGACGCGGCUCAGCGUCUCGACGACGACCAUCUUCUACAUGCUGUGCGGGUGCAUGGGGUACGCGGCGUUCGGCGACGAGGCGCCCGACAACCUCCUCACGGGGUUCGGCUUCUACGAGCCCUUCUGGCUGCUGGACAUCGCCAACGUCGCCAUCGUCGUGCACCUCGUCGGCGCAUACCAGGUCUUCUGCCAGCCCAUCUUCGCCUUCGUCGAGCGCUGGGCAAAGUCCCGCUGGCCCGACAGCGUAUUCAUCGGCCGCGAGUUCCGCGUCGGGCCCUUCGCGCUCAGCGCCUUCCGGCUCACCUGGCGCUCCGUCUUCGUCUGCUUCACCACCGUCUUCGCCAUGCUCCUCCCCUUCUUCGGCAACGUCGUGGGCCUCCUCGGUGCCGUCUCCUUCUGGCCGCUCACCGUAUACUUCCCCGUCGAGAUGUACAUCAGGCAGCGCGCCGUGCCACGCGGGAGCACGCAGUGGCUCUGCCUCAAGAUGCUCAGCGCCGGCUGCCUCAUCGUCUCCAUCGCCGCCGCCGCUGGCUCCAUUGCCAACGUCAUCGAGGCUCUCAAGGUGUACAAGCCCUUUAGCGGCUGAUUUGUCGCACGUGUAUCAGUUGCUAUAGACAUAGUCGUCACAUAUACAUCACUACAAGGUCGAAAGAAGUCAUUCGCCCUGAGAAGUUUUCACUAA